CACCGGUAAUUGUUAUCGACCAGGGAACAAUACACCAGUCCAUUUAAAGUACGAGUGAGGUUUACUUACACUUAGUUGUAUGUUGAGUCCGGGAAACAGUAGGAGACGUGCACGGUUUAUUUGUUUCACUACCAGUUCAGCAUCGAUUCAAUGAUGUCGAAUAAGCCAAGUAAAGAUGGCGAAGUUCUGCCAAUUGUACACAACUUACUUAAAAACUCAUCAUCCCACGGACUACCAAAUAUAUAUUCUUCGAGAAAUGUUGUUGCCAAGCUUUUCUGGGGUAUGGUAUUCUGUGCUGGGCUUUGCCUUAUGUUUUGGCAAGUCUACACGUUGUUCGAAGCCUAUUUUGCGUACGAAUACAUAGUUGGCCUUGAAGUUAGAUAUAACAAAACUCUGCCGUUUCCCGCGGUAACGAUCUGUAAUUUAAAUCCUGUACUGAAAAGUAAACUAGAAGAAGCAGACGAGGGCUUCAGAGAUAAAUUUGACUCAAAUUAUGUACCACCGAACGAUAAAGACACUCAAGAUGAUAAAAACAACAUGGUUACCAGCAGCAGCCUAACUUCGGCUACGAAUGAUGACGGUGGAUCAAAUCAGGGAACCAGAAUGGAUGGAGAAACAACGACACAAGCAGUUAAUACAACAGAACCUAUUCUUUUCUUUUGGAUGAGAAUUUUAAGCCAUUGGUGGUCCAUGUGCAAUAUGGCCCAUGUGCACGUUAAAGAACGCAUUACGCUCUUCGGAAACGUAGGGGAGUGUCCCCUGGUGUUCUACCCAAUCACCGCCAGAAGGACUCCAAUGAAA